AUGACAGCACCAAAAAUACCACCUAGUGCUCUGGAAAAAGGAGAGUCAGACAUGCAGGUUAUAGGUUACCUUAUGCGGUUCAUUAUUGCUGGUAAUCUUCUUGGUCUUCUUGCCCUUACUGUCGUUGUUGGUUAUAACAAACAAGGACUUCCCAUAGGUUUACAACUAAUAGGUCGUCCAUGGGGUGAAGCUACAAUUCUACGUUUGGCUUCUGCAAUCGAGGAACUUUGUAUCAAAUCCAGGAAGACACCUGCUUCAUUCUAUGACAUCUCAAAGGCCAAGUAACAGCCUUC